AUGCGAUAUCAUUGUCAACGUAAGCGUGUGUUCCGUGCAGUUUUCUCAUCUGACCAGAGCACAAGUCUGGAUCAACAACAUGCUGUAAUCGAGCGAAGUAGCCUGGAUGGGAGUGUAUACAUCCGGGAUCUUUGUACAAAAAAUGGGACAUUUGUAAAUAAUUUGCCAAUUCGCAAUACCACUGUGAAACUGAAAAGUGGUGAUCAGCUACGAUUUGGAUGUGAACCGACCGUCUAUGAAUUCCAACUGACACACGAGAUGGACGGGGUUGCUAUGGGAUGGACACUUGGUCCGUUGCCAGCUAACAUCUUCGUGGCCAAACUGGAAAGGAGCACGCUGAGCCGAACUAUUGAAGGAGUAGCACACUGCGAUCGAUAUAUGGAUGAUGUCUCCUGUAUGACCGAUCGCAAACAUGGCAUCCAACAGAUAUUGACAUUGUUUAGCGAAGCACAUCCAUCACUGGAAUUUACUGUAGAGGCUGCAACGAACAACAUAUUAGCCUUUUUGGAUGUAGCCGUGCCCAGGAAAGAAGAUGGAUCAGAUCAAUUGAUCGAACGACUUCAAGUUGAGAUCGCACGUCUCUCUCCAUUGGCGGCUGUGAAUGCUCAAAAGGAUAUAAUCAUUCAACAUAUGCAACAACAACUGGCCCAACUCAGCGCCCACAAACUGUGUCCGAAUUCGAUCGAACGAAAUUUCGAGAACCAAAAUGCUGGAAUGACAGGUUCAGGACGUUGUAAUGAUGAAUACGAUUUGGGAGAGCCCAUACGGUGCAAUGUGGAUUCUUCCAGUCGUACACGACCUGUAUCGGCCAGUUCAUUGCUUUUUCCAAAGCCAGUAACUGAUGGAUCAGAUGAGGUCAGAAACCGAGUAGAGGACAAGGAUAAAGACGGAAUAGUAAAUGCGGCCCUGUUCGAAAGGAUCCGCAAAGAGCGUCAGAUUCUCAGUGGAUUAGUUACCCAAUUGCAACGAGAUUUGGCGAACAAAGACACCAAUCUGGGUCGCUUAACACAGGAAAUGAACUCCUUGAAAAGACAGUUAAAUGAGAAAGAUAUUGCUUUGAAUGUUUCGCAUAAAAAGCUCCUCAAAGCACAGGAUACCACAGCUUUUCAAAAGGAAAGAGAAGAGUUGGAGAAAGAAAUAGGAACUAUUCGACAGAAGUACAAAACGGCAGAAUUGCGUGCUCAAGGACUCAGAGAAGAGUUGGACAAAUCCGAAAACGAACGUGCUGCCCUGCAGAACGAUCUGAUAGAGAGCAAAGCACAACAACAAUCGAUGGAAAAAAUCCUGAGAGAAACCAAAGCGCAACUGGACGAAUUACAACGAUCCGAAAGAACAGCUCUGUUGGAGAAAAAAGAGGUCACCAGUCAGUAUGAGCGUCUCCGGAACAGAAUAAUGCGAACAGUGUUCUCCGCUUUGGCAAAAAUCGAUAAACUGGAUCACACGGAUGAUCAUCUGGCUGGAACAAAUCGCCCUGUUCCAAACGCGGCAGAUCCGGCAGAUCAGGUAUGUAAAGACAUUGUCAGGGACACAUCGAACAACGCAAUCACUGAAGAGCAGGAUGAUAACAACAUAUUGGACCGGUUAAAUGUUCUCGUGGAAGAAUACUUCAAAUCCCAUCGAAAACUGGUUGCGAUUGCCAAGGCUUCUAAAGAACAAGACCGGCGGGAACAGGGUUUAGCAAUUGAACUGGAUGACUUUUUGGAUCAAUUAAGUGAAAUGCAGGGUAACGCGACCGAAAGUCCUCGAAUCCGAUCUCCGACGCAAGUGCGCAGUCAACUCGAUUUAAUUUGUACCUAUGUGCCCAAGUCCAAACAGCUGAGGCGCUUACAAGAAGCAUUAUCUCAGUGUUGGAAAGAAGAGCUCAGCAAUACACAACGCAUAGCGGAUUGUCUACAAGAAGCCAGUAGUGCGGUGGCUGCUGUCUGCCCGGAUUCAACCAUCUCAUUGACAUCCCAUCCGCACGAUCCAAUCACCGGCAUUCGUAGAUUGGCCGAGUUUGGGAUGGCGAUUCAGGCCAAACGUGAAGCCCUGCAAAAAGAAUUGGAGAAUUGUAAACGAUUUCACCACGAGGAGUUGGAGCGAAUCAAAGACACGCAACGAAAAGAGUUACAACAUCGUGUCGAAGAAGCGUUGGAAGUGAACAAUGAGGAACAUGCGAAUAAACUUCGUCAGACAAUCAAUGAAGUAGUUCGUAUAGAAAAUGAGAGACAAGAACAGUUGAUUGCAGUGAAGCAAGCAAUUAUCGAAGAAUUGGAACUGAAACUUCGGGAAACAAGACAGAUGUUAGCCGAACGGCAAACUACUCAUGAAGGAGAAUUACAGCUGCUACGGGAUGAGGCCAAAAAUACCGAUCAGUUGGAAAGUGAUCUGGGCACCCAAAAGACACUGUGCAUAGAACUCAGAGAACAACUGGAAGCGGCGAACAAAACAGUGGAAAAAAUUCGGGCAGAAACCGAGAAGGAAUGUGAAGAAAAGUGGCGAAAAGAGGUUGAAUCACAUCGGGAACAGGCCAAGCAACAUGCCCGAACCAUUUGUGUUAUGGAGGAACGCUUGGUCAAACUGACCAAACAGAUCAAAGAAUCCAAAGCUGAGGUGACCCGAAUGAAACGUCAACAAACCGAACUGCAAACAGAACACAAACAAUUGCAACUUCGCCUGACAGAAGCACAACAGAAGUUGGUCUCCACCCGACGUACGUCACCUCCCAGUAGUGGAGAUCAGCAUAAAUCAAGCAGUUCGGCUCCCGAUCGAUCUGCGACCGGAAAUCACUCUGACGGAUUGCAAACGGAACUUCUCGGUCUACGGGGAUUGCUAAACGAACGUGACACAACGAUAGCAAUGUUACGCGCCGAUCUGGACGGAGCCAAGGCACAGUUGAGUGACUUACGGGGAGAGCUGAGCGAGGCACAAAAGGAGGAAAUCGAAUGUGCACUAGAUUUCGGCAAGAAGGCUAACGCCGAGUUGUCAAGCACACGCGCUCGCCUCACCCAAGUGAACGACAUGCUAACUGGAUUGCGCCAAAAGCUAAUGGAUAAGGAAACAGAACUAAGGAAUCAAUCGGUUCAACUGGACGAGUUACGCGCCACACUUGAACAGCGUGAGCAAACAUCGAAUCAACUGGCCCGUUUGCUGGACGAGGAGAGGGCGGCACGUGCUCGAGAUGUGGAUAAACUGAACAAUACAUCUAAACUGACAGAGGAAUUGGCCUCGGUUGGUGCCGAGUGUCGCGGUGAACGUCAUUUGGAAAUCAUCGCAAAACAGCGUGAUGCCUUGAGUCAAAUGCGCCAGAGACUACGAGAACAUCCUUCAUUUGGAGAUAUUUCUUCUCCAGAAGAUCAAAAUCGUCAAGUGGCUAAUCUGCGUCGCGAAGUUGCGGAACUUCGUAGCCAAACUCUGCUGUCUGAGGUAUUACCCGCACUCAGAGCUACGAACAGCGGCCGUACACCCGCUCUCGAAGGUGGUUCUAUACCAACAGACACGGACUCCGGGAUGGAGACCUCAUUGAUGGAUCGAAACAGUCUGCGUGGCGCGAUGGAUGCAUUACAUAAUUCUGAGGAAUGCUACCUGAAUCUUUCCCGGUCCAUUGCACGUCAACUCGAUGUGGAUAAUCUGCCGGGUCAACGUUCUCUAAUACACGUGCCCGCGGUCGAACGUCAACUGGUUCAACGUGAACGUGCUCAGGCAUUGGGAAUUUUGUCACAACGCAUUGCCGUGUUACGGGAACAAGUGCAGCGUAAAUCGGACAUGCUUAGCAACUACGAGCACGAUAUGGGCAAGUUGAGACAAGCUGAAGUGUUGGCGGAGGGAAGAAGUGAACAAAUCGGGCGCAUGGUGGCAGAUUUGCGAGCCAAAGAAACUGAAAUUCAACUGUUACGUCAAAGUCUCGAUCGAACGAGGGAAGCUCUGGUGAAUGAACAACGCAUGGUUUCGGCAAUUCGAAAAACUAAGCAUCCCAUACCGGCCCAAUUGGUGGAUUCCAAAGGAACAGUGGAUCGGAAGAAGCAACCACAUUGCCCUCCGAAUGAUUCCCUGGCAAAGGUGAGACAAUUACGGGGCGAGUAUUGA